UUAAAAUCGACGAGGGCUUUUGGCGAGCACGUGAUUGUGAAGUCUCUCUCCUCUACUCCUCUCAUCUCAAUUCUCAUCCUCCCUUUCUGAUUAGCUAUAGAGAAACCCUAUCCACUGUCCCUCCCCAUCUCAAACCCUAGCCCCCUUUUUCCCAUUACCAAACCCUAGACUUGUACGCCAUCCGCCAUGGCAAAGAAGCGCAAGCUGCGAUCCUCUGACCCCGAACCCACCAAAGUCCCUGAACCGGAGCCAGAAUCAGAACCACAAGAGGUAGAAGAACAACGGCUGCAGUCUGAGCCAGAGCCAAUACAAGAAGACCCUUCCCAGGAGGAACAAGAGAACAUGGCCGUAGACGAUUCCAAAGAAGAAGAGCAGGAAGAUUCCCGAGAGCAAGAACAGCAUCAACUAAAAGAAGAAGAAGAAGAAGAAGAAGAAGAGCGCGAAAGCGUAGACGCCUCAAACGAAGCCGUUCCAUCUGAAGCCCUACCCGUUGAAGCAAAUGGAGCUGAAGCCGCGGCGGAGGAAGAGGAGGAGGACGACGACGACGAAGAACCCGUGGAGAACCUCCUGGAACCCUUCUCGAAGGAGCAGCUGGUGGCCCUCGUCAAAAGGGCGGUGGACAAGCACCCGGAUUUGAUCGAGAGCGUGAGAGAGCUGGCUGAUGCCGACCCAGCCCACCGCAAGAUCUUCGUUCACGGCCUCGGCUGGGACACCACCGCCGAAACCCUAACCUCCGUCUUCGGCAAGUACGGCGAGAUCGAGGACUGCAAGGCCGUCACCGACCGCGUAUCGGGCAAAUCCAAGGGCUACGCUUUCAUCCUCUUCAAGCACCGGAGCGGGGCCCGCAAAGCCCUCCGGCAGCCCCAGAAGCAGAUCGGCAAUCGCACCACCUCCUGCCAGCUCGCCUCCUCAGGGCCCGUGCCGGCCCCACCGCCGGUGACCCCUCCGGUAUCGGAAUACACUCAGCGCAAGAUCUUUGUGAGCAAUGUGUCGGCGGAGGUCGAUCCCAACAAGCUGCUCGACUACUUUAAGCUGUAUGGGGAGAUUGAGGAUGGCCCCUUGGGGCUCGAUAAACAGACUGGGAAGCCUAAGGGAUUCGCGCUUUUUGUGUACAAGAGCGUAGAGAGUGCGAAGAAGGCUUUGGAAGAGCCACACAAAAACUUUGAGGGGCAUACAUUGCAUUGUCAGAGGGCUAUAGAUGGUCCGAAACCCACCAGGCCGUAUCAUCAACAACAGCAGCAGCACCACCCUCAUCAUCACCAACCGCAUUUCCAUUCUAGAAAGGAGAAGAACAAGUAUUCCGCUGGGCCAGGGCCUGGGCCUGGCCAUUUGAUGGCACCGUCGGGCCCCGCGGUGGGGUUCAAUCCCACGCAGGCUUUGAACCCUGUGCUGGGCCAGGCCCUGACUACAUUGCUUGCCACCCAGGGAGCUGGCUUGGGACUUGGUAAUCUGCUUGGAGGCCUUGGCGGUGCGCCGAUGAACCAGGCUGGGCCUCCAGCAGGAUACGGGAAUCAGGCUGGUGGGAGCUAUGGGAACCAGCCGGUCAUGCAGGGUGGCUAUCAGAACCCACAAAUGGGGCAGAGUAGUGCUGCUAGGCCUCAUCCGGGCGGUGGUCCACCAUACAUGGGUCAUUAGGCGAGUGUCAGAUCCUCUCAUAGAUGCAUCAAUCAUUUAAUUUUGGACUCUGGUGAUUCUUCUGAAGUUCCAGGCACUCUUGCAAACGACGUCUUUAAAUUUGUGCUGAAAAGUAAUUAUUUGCCUUCUUUAAAGACCAGACUCUCAAACGUGUAUUUUUCUUUCUAUUUUAGUAGUUAUCACCCCUUCACAUAUUUUCAAAACAAUGUAGUACUUUUGGUUCCAAUAUCUUGUUUCUUAAAAAGUGUUGGUGUACUGGUAGAACUUUGUGGCAGAGAACACUGUGUCUCUCCAUAUUUUUAAGUGUGUUACUAAACAACGUUUUUUCUUACCUUCUCUA